GCCCAGCUGAAGGACCCCGUUACUGGGCCGUGCCGCCGACACCGGGCCUGGGAACCACACUGGAGCCGCUGAUGCACCCCCCUUGCGUCCCGUGGACCUUAUGACCGUGGCGUUUGCUGCAGCGGUGGGUCCGAGCCUGCUCGUCCCACAUUCAGAGGCCGUGUCAGUGAUGAGGGUGCGACUGGCUGCGUUUUAGCCUGCUGGCUGUGUUUCUAUCAGGUCUAGGACUCUAGGGUUCUGUGCUCGGUUGUGGGCUAGGUCCAGUUGGAUGGUUUCUAAGGUCCAUUCCUCAUCACACAAACACCCCCUCUCCACCUCAACCUCCCCUCUGUCUUCUUCUGUUAUCGGUGUCUUUCCUUCCAUGUUUUUCGUUCCCCUCUCAGUCGUGUGGAUCCUAUUUUUUUUUCAUCAUCAUCAUCAUCAUCAUCAUCAUCUUUUUUUUCGCCCCCUUUUGUUCCUUUCUGUUGCCUCUCGAAUACCAAUCUGUCGGGGAAAAGAGGGGAAAGGGGAGGAAUCGCAAGAAAGGGAUGACACGCAGGCGACUUGUAACCAUGGCAACACAUGCGGCUUGUCAAAGUGUCGCCCUCGCCAGUGUUGGAUUGCUUCAAUAAUCGCUCCCCUCUCAGAGCUUUUACCCUUUAUUCUGCCUGGCUCCUCAUCAGCAGCCGACCACGCGCUCGUUCCUUCCUCGUCGUCCUAAUUGAUCGGCCUAAUUGGCCAAAGGAGCCGAUCCUCGAUGCGGACGGGGCUCCCGGUGUGGCGCUGCUGAAUAAGGCCAGGCCGGACCUGGUCGGGUCGGGCCGGGUCGGGUUCGGCGCCGCAGCCGAGCCGGCGCUGCUGCUCCGCGUGCAGCGAUGUGCUGACAUAUGGAGGCUGACAGUAAUCAGACGUCUCCUGUGUGGCUCUCUGUUCCCCCUGUCAGCCCGGGCUAAGCCGGCAGCACAUUACCAUCUGAUCUAUCUCCCCGCUCUAGCAAGUGGAUGCAGCGUACUGGAGUGUGUCACAGCCCUCAGAUUGGAAAAAGAAGCAGACGACUCGCUGCCAGACUGCUGCGCUGGGCAGACUCGCGCUCUAUAACCCAUUUUUUUUUUACCCCCGGUGCAGCUUUGUUUCAUUUCUGUCUCUGCUCUUUAUCCACUAGUUCAUAGCUUCUCCUUCUCCUGCCGCUGCAUCAUUUCCACCCAGCUCUCUCUCUCUCUCUGUCUCUCUCUCAGUCUCUUGCCUGUCUGUCUCUUUAUUUCCUUAUGUUUACUCACUUCCUAUAAUCUUACGUUACAGUGAACGGUGUGACGUUCAGUGACCUUUGACACGGAGAGAUUUCAUGGAUUUUUGACCUUUGCGUUCGUACUGUCGUCCCUGAAGUGAUAUCAGUAACAGCCUGGGAGGAUGGGUGCAUAUCAAAGCUGGGCUAAUACUCCCUACAAGCGGAUUCCCAUGUUUGUACUGUACAUAAAGCAUUGCAAUUAUCAUAACCAACAAAAAUCCCAUCGCUAUGCCAACCAGCCGUGGGAAAACCUUCAUUUGGAGUCAAGCGUCAUCAACACUACCCCAUUAGUUCAUGCCUCUACUGUUCCUUCCCAGCUGGACCCAGAGAACACAGGCUUCAUCGCAGUGGAGAACUUCACCAGCCUGGUGGAGCACCAUGAGCUGCAGCUGGACCCGUCCAAGCUGGACAUGCUGUUAGCGCUCGUCCAGAGCAAUGAGGAGGGCCAGGUGUGCUACCAGGAGCUCAUUGAGCUGAUGAGCAGCAAACGCUCCAGCAGCUUCCGACGGGCCAUCGCCAACGGCCGGCGCACGCUGCAGAGGGAGAUCCUGCUGGACGAGACGGGGCUGGGCCUGUACAAGCGCUUCGUCCGCUACGUGGCCUACGAGAUCCUGCCCUGCGAGACGGACCGGCGCUGGUACUUCCACCAGAACCGCCUGUGCCCGCCGCCCGUCUUCAUCGCCAUCAUCACCAUCGUCCAGAUCAUCGUGUUCAUGUGCUACGGCAUCAUGCUGAACAAGUGGGUGCUGCAGACGUACCAGCCGGACUUCAUGAAGAGCGCCCUGGUCUACCAUCCCGGCCACCGCGCCCAAGUGUGGCGCUUCUUCAGCUACAUGUUCAUGCACGUGGGCCUGGAGCAGCUGGGCUUCAACGCGCUGCUGCAGCUGAUGAUCGGCGUCCCGCUGGAGAUGGUCCACGGCAUCUUACGCAUCAGUCUGCUUUACAUGGCAGGAGUGCUGGCUGGUUCUCUGACCGUGUCCAUCACCGACAUGCGUGCUCCGGUGGUGGGCGGCUCCGGGGGGGUCUACGCUCUGUGCUCGGCGCAUCUGGCCAACGUCGUCAUGAACUGGGCCGGGAUGCGCUGUCCGUACAAGCUGCUCCGCAUGAUCCUGGCGCUGGUUUGCAUGAGCUCGGAGGUGGGCCGCGCCGUCUGGCUCCGCUUCUCGCCGCCGCUGCCGUCCUCGGGGCCCCAGCCCAGCUUCAUGGCACACCUGUCGGGGGCCGUGGUGGGCAUCAGCAUGGGCCUGCUGAUCCUGCGCAGCUACGAGGAGAGUCUGCAGAAGCAGUGCUCCUGGUGGGUCAUCGUCUUCUCCUUCAUCACCUUCCUCCUCUUCGCCAUCUUCUGGAACAUCUUCGCGUACGAGCUCCUGGGGGUGCAGAUCCCCCCCCCUCCCUGAUGACGGCCCCCGCUUCACGCCCUCCUGCACAUACAGUCCCCCCCUCUGAUCGUAAUUAACUUUCCCAUUUCCUCUCAUGUUAGACCCAAAUGAAACGAUAAGAAGUCAGUCAAAACUAAAAUUGACCAAGAAUUCUUUUUUACAGAUACUUUGCAAAUCAAAGAAAUAUAUCUCUUUUAUUAAAGAGGGAUUACAGUAGCAACAAAUACAGGUGAACGCUCCUCAGAUCCACUUUGAGGAGCAAUAUAUCCUUUUAUAUACUCUGAAGUCAUUCUCAUUACCAGCGCUAACCUUUCAGUCAGCAUUUAGCCAUUGUGCAUUUUUUAGAGGCUUUUUAAAAAGCACUUGCAUCAGUUGUUGUUUUAUUGCGUCCUUCAUACGCGUAAAGACCUAAAACAGGAGGAAUCUGAGUUCAUGAGGCAUGAAAAGAAAAAUGAAUCAGAGGGAGGAGAACGCCAGGAGUGAAUUUACUGUCUUUUAUAAAGAUUGGAGAUGAGGAUCUAUUGCAGCAACCGCCCCCAAAACGAAUACGGUUUCAGCAUUUCGCAGAACAGAAGCCUGAAUUGGAAAAUGUGGAAAGAGUUUCAGGACGGAGCGUUUAAACCUGGGGCAGCAAUAAAAAAAAAAAUCUGAAGCGCCAGUGAAAUCUGAUUUUUUCUUUUUUUUAAUUUCACUUUACCGCCCUGCUGUAACUCACAGGGAUCACUGGGGCUUUGUGCUAAGUUGCUGACACACUAAGUCUAAUGAAAUGAAAUCAUUGGUUUUCCUUGUCAGAAUUCCUUGUUAGAGCCGUUGCAGGAAGGAAGGAGAGGCUGUAAAAGCCAGAUAGAGGCGCUAGGUCCUGUCACCAAGGAUGCGUUUGCUUUUUCUAUAAUGAUUGCAUAACAUUAUACCUACACUGUGGAUACAGAAAUAUAGUUCACACAACACACACGACACGCGACAACCAGGAGUCAAAGCUCCUGCGCGACAGGAGGAGAAAGAAAAAGAAAAUUAAGAGAAAAUGACAGUUCCUUGGAUGUCACCACUUCAGCGAGCGAACUCCUGCUAGCGUGUCUGUCGCCACCCACCGACCUGCUAGACGCACCGUGUAAAAUAUGCCAUGUCAUACUCUGUGGCUGUCAGCGAGACAAGGACACACACAAACACACGCACUCCUCGUUGCCUCUGAGAGCCACUGAUCCUGUAGGUCACCACGGACAAAGCAGAGAGAGGAGCACGCACACACACACACACACACACACACACACACACACACACGUAUACACACACACACGCACACACACACACACACACACACGUAUACACACACACACGCACACACACACACACACACACACACACACACACACUGGGUUCUGCCUGCUCUCGUUCUGACAGACUGAACUGGGGAGGGCGUGGAUGAGUCAUCACCUGACCUCUGACCUUCGCGUCCCACAGGGCAUUGGGGUCUCUCUGUCAGGCCCAGUCUAUACCUCAGUUUCUCAUUCUUAGGGACUGUAUACUUUUGUAAAGGAAUGUACUUAUAAAGAAAAAAAUAGUGUUAUUAAGUUGUCCCCAUUUUUCAGUUGAUAGUGGAUGUGUAUAUUGUAUGUUCAUAUCCAAGAGUAUAUUUAUUGUAUUUUUUCCUCUUUGGGAGGAAAAAGAACGGUUUCAAAUGGUGCAAAAUUAAUGCUAUGAUUGUUUUCCUCCUGUAUGGCUCCUCUGAAAAAUAGCCCACGAGGCAAAAUACCCCGAUCACAGACGACUCGAGCUCACUUGAUUUUAUAAAUCUCUAGUGCUUUACAAAAUAAGCCAUAGAAAGAACUAAUUAGAGAGAGGAAAGGGUCUUUGUUGAUCGUACGCAUCAGUCAACCUUUGUUUUUCCUGCGUGAUCAAACAUCUGUUUGUUGUGAGUAUUUAACACAUGCGGUAAAAGAAGACAAGCCCGGACCGUCUGAAAAGCCGUUUUCAUGUAGCUGAACUCAUUUUCAAAACUUGUUUGUGUUUGGUGGAGCUUCAAUUUGCAAGUGCCCCCCCCCCUCCCUCCUCGAGUGUCUGCCUCCGCUGCAGUUCUUCUUCUUUGCCAAAUAAAUUAUAGACAGGUCUUCUGUUGUAUAAUAUCUCCAGAGUGGCUGAAGCUCUUGCAAAAGCUGAGGCUGAGGAUUUACAUUUAACCAAGCUAUGUUCCACUUUCACCCAAUCAAUAAUUCAUCUGAAUGUCCAGUGGCUGCCUGGAACGAAACGAAAUGAGCAUUUGCCGAUUUUGAUAGUCGGUCAUAAAUACAGUCCUCUGAAUUUGCUUCCACAUGCAGACAUCAGUAAUAGCGCAAGGACGUGUUAAAUGUGGGAAUAAGCCAUUUUCAAAAACAUUAAAAAAGAAAAGAUCAGCCAGUUCGCAGACGUUAUGGAUACUUGUUGGAAAAUCUUCAGUAUAUGGAGAAUUAUUGUGUUUUUGCUUAGGUUAGCAAGACUCAUUGAUAAAUAAUGCAUACAUACCCUGUUAGCCUGUAAUGAAGAUGAAGAAGAUGCCUGAGUGGAGGUUAAUGUGCCUCUUUAACUUAAGAUUCAUAGGAACCCACAAGGGUUGUACAAGGGCUAGUAAAUGGCUAUGUUUUAGUAGAACAUAUGAACUGUGAAUCCUACCCCUCCUAGAAGUACGUAUAGGACUCAAAUACAGCUUUUAUGAAUUAGUGUUGCCAGUAAACAGUGCAAACCCUUCAGUAUUUAUUUAUUAGAGCCACCAGAACCAUGUCCUGAACAAGUUUGUUUCUUAGGAGUAGGUUACGACUUUCCUGAGACAAAUCUCCUGGGCCUGAGCCGACCGCACCAGAACACCUUCACAGGGAAGGUGCGAUGAAAGCCCCACCGACAUUCAGACAGCAGCUCCAGAACGAGAGACGGGCCCGACUGGUGCCGGCGCUGACGGCAUGUGACAGCUUGGGUUUGUGAGGGACAGCAUAAAGCCCCUUGACAGGCUUCCGCGUCCUGUCACGCUCGCAUCACAACGCCCUGUUUCAAUAUGGUCACAACUGCAGUGUGAACCCUGCUGUAGCUUAAAACGGCUCAUUUCUCUGCUUGUCCCCCACAGUUGACGUUCAUCUGACUGCGUUUUCUAAUUUCCUGUUCGUCAUAUGAGCUUUUUAGUCCUAUUAUAAUUUGACGGGUGUCACGUCCUAUGGUCUCUACGCUGUAAUCUUUCUUUGAUGCUGUUUUACCCUUUGCCAAUCCAUUGUGCUGUUGUGCCCAAUGCCUUGUUAAAACCUAUAAAAGCUCAGGCUGAAGGGCUGCUUUGCUGUUAGAUUUAUUCUACAUGAUCCAUAAAAGAAAGUUACAAGCAUAGAUUCAGCAGUCGCUCCGAAUCGCUGCCGCCAACAAGCCGACCAGGCUGCGUUUGCCUAUUGUUCCUUGCUGCUCGGGCUGCAGGGCUGUGUGGGUAAAGCAGGCAACUGGAGCUCCAGACGGACAAAAAGCUGCUUUGGAGGUUCCUGAACUUUCACACCAGCGUCCCUGAUUGUUGGUGUUUGGCUUCAGUCCCAGAUGAUGGUGAAUGUGGGUGUGAUGCAAUGUGUAAAACAGGGUCAGGUGGUACAGUUUGGUAAAGAAACUGCUGUGCACCCGCUGAACUAAACGUGCAGCUGUGAAACUCCGUGUUUGCAGAUUGUGAUAGUUUUAAUGAAGCUAAAGCCACGUCUGAUCAUGCAAAGAUAAUAUUUACUAGUCUGUAACAGAGCACAGAUGUAGAAAUGUACUGACGGCAGACUGGUUACUGUCAAACUAGAUUCCUUUUCUGGAGAUGAAGGUCAGUGAUGAACAAUGUAGGAUUUAGGUUAACGCCAUUUCUACAGUCUCGGUUUCACGGUUUCUCGACUCGGUUGAGAUUCUCUUCGCAAUCGUGGUUUCUGCCUGAGCCACUCGAGGUCACGCAGGAUGUUCCAGGUGAUUUCCUUUAAUGCCAACUGUGUCCCUCUGACGGUAGCGAGUCCAAAACAUCCUGUCUGUGCUGCUGUGGUGGUUUUUCAUGAGCUGCUUACUUGUAUCGACAAAAUGGUGCCAAGCUUACGAGGUCCAGCCUCUUAAACCGGAUGAGAGGUCGGACCAACACAGCGUUUACAAAAGGAAAAGCAGAAGCUAUUUUUCUCUUGGUCACGAGGAAACAACUAAAGAAAAACUAAAUUUACAUAUGGAUAAUUUCUAUCAAAGUCCUCAUUAUUUCACAAGCUAUUGUACUUUUUAAAUGUUCUAAACUGAACCAUUUUAUAUUGUAUAUAUAAAUAUAUUUUGUUUUAUUUUGUACUGUUCAUUGUAUUUUGCUUUCAUUUCGAAACAAUAUGAAUAAAGAACAAUACUGUGGCAACAUCCCA